AUGAUACUGCCCAAAAAAAUGAAGCUACUACUGUUCCUGGCUUCCCAGAUGGCUGUCUUUGUUCUAUUCAUCCUUCUGUACUCCCACAACUUCAACUCCCUGCAGAUGAAGGAAGAACCCAAGCCCACGUACAUGCACGUGCUCAUCCUGUCUUCGUGGCGCUCUGGCUCUUCUCUCGUAGGGCAGCUUUUUGGACAGCACCCAGAUGUCUUCUACCUGAUGGAGCCUGCCUGGCACGUCUGGAUGACCUUCACACAAAGUACUGCCCAGAGGUUGCAUACGGCAGUGCGGGAUCUCGUACGGGCCGUCUUUCUGUGUGACAUGAGCGUCUUUGAUGCCUACAUGAAACCUGGCCCCCGAAAACAGUCCAGCCUCUUCCAGUGGGAAGGCAGCCGGGCCCUGUGUUCUCCACCUGCCUGCAACAUCUUCCCACGAGAUCAGAUCAUACCCCAGGCUCACUGUAAGCUUCUGUGCAAUCAAGAGCCCUUUGAGGUGGUGGAGAAGGCCUGCCGCACUUACAGCCACGUGGUGCUCAAGGAGGUACGUUUCUUCAACCUGCAGGUGCUCUACCCGCUGCUGAGAGACCCUUCCCUCAAUCUGCACAUUGUGCAUCUGGUCCGGGACCCCCGGGCGGUGUUCCGUUCCCGAGAACACACCACGAAGGAACUCGUGAUUGACAGCCAAAUUGUGAUGGGGCAGCAUCUGCAGAAACUCAAAAAGGAGGAUCAACCCUACUAUGCAAUGCAAGUCAUCUGCCAAAGCCAGCUGGAGAUCUACAAGGCUGUGCAGUCCUUGCCCAAAGCCCUGAGGCAGCGCUACUUGCUCGUGCGCUAUGAGGACUUGGUCCGGGACCCCCUGGCCCAGACUGCCCGAAUGUAUGACUAUGCAGGGUUGAAAUUCUUGCCCCAGCUCCAGACCUGGGUGCACAACAUCACUCGAGGCAAGGGCGUGGGUAAGCAUGCCUUCUACACAAAUGCCAGGAAUGCCCUCAAUGUGUCGCAGGCCUGGCGCAGGUCCUUGCCUUAUGAAAAGGUUUCUCGGCUUCAGAAAGUCUGCAGGAAUACCAUGAAUUUGCUGGGCUACCACCUUGUCACAUCUGAGCAAGAGCAGACAAACCUGUCGCUGAAUCUUCUGUCUACCUGGAGCCCCUAUGAGCAAGUCUACCAAGAGGGUUGA